AUGAGCACGUCGUCGUAUCGGAACUCGCCACACGGCAGCGAUACACGGAAACGACAGUCGCGACGUGAUGAGGCAAUCAGAAAACGUAUAGAGACAGAACUCAGCCGUAAAACAGGCAAGCCAUCUACGCCGCAGCCAGGUCGGCGACGGAACCAGGUCCAGGCUGGCACCGUCUCGGCACUUCGGCCCUUGCCAGCGCUCACAGUGCCGCAAACUAUGAGCAUCACAGAUGCCAGUCAGCUUUGUGCUGCCAAGCGUACAGAUUGUGUACUUGUUGUCGAUGACGAAGAGCAUCUUGCCGGGAUCUUUACAGCUAAGGACUUGGCCUACAGGAUCGUUGCAGGUGGGAUCGAUCCGCGCAUGACGCCCGUGAGCUCAAUUAUGACAGUCUCACCCAUGGUCACGCGCGACACAACUUCCGCAACAGAAGCAUUAAGUACGAUGGUGACGCGUGGAUUUCGUCACCUACCAGUUUGCAACGAAGACGGCGAUGUUGUAGGUCUGUUGGAUAUUGCGAAAGUGUUUUACGAGGCAUUGGAGAAGCUCGAACGCGCACAUGGAUCCUCUCAAAAGCUGUACCAUGCGCUGGAAGGUGUGCAAAAUGAGUGGGGUGGGGGACCCCAGCAGGCUAUGAUGCAGUAUGUCCAGUCGCUACGUGAGCGGAUGAGUAUGCCAGAGCUCGCGAGCAUUCUAGAUUCACGAACGAUGCCGUGUACCGUUGGCGUGCGUACAACAGUGCGAGAUGCAGCUCGCUUGAUGAAGCAGCAUCGCACGACUGCUGUCUGCGUGAUGGAGAAUGCAUCAGGCGCACAGGGCGAGCGAGGCAUAGCAACAGGCAAAAUUGCAGGAAUUUUCACUUCUAAAGAUGUGGUGCUGCGUGUGAUUGCAGCUGGCUUAGAUCCUGAGCGAUGCAGCGUUGUACGCGUCAUGACGCCACAUCCUGACACCGCUUCGCCGUCUUUGUCAAUCCAAGAAGCAUUGCGUAAGAUGCACGAUGGUCGGUAUUUGAACCUUCCAGUUGUUGACGUCGACGCGCGGCUUGUGGGCGUCGUGGAUGUACUAAAGCUGACUUAUGCGACGCUGGAGCAGAUCAACAGCAUGAACAGUGGCGAUGAGAGCGAUGGAGGGCCCAUGUGGAACCGCUUUUGGAACAGUUUUGGCCAAGGCACUGGCAGUGCCUUUGGCGAAGAGUCCAUGAGUGCCAUGAGUGGCUCUCAGCGGAUUGGAAAUGACUCGCUCAUGUCGCCACCUGCGCCAGGGUGCGUCGACCUUAGCUCGGACGUGCAUCCCAACGACAGCGCAAGUGCCGUAGGAGAAAGCACUCAUGAAGGUGGAUCGGCGCUGGGAGGUUCUGCACCCUUUGAGACAGACGAUGGUACAUAUCUAUUCAAGUUUGUCACGCCAAGUGGACGCGUCCAUCGCUUCCAGGCACGGUAUGAUUCUUUCGAUAUUAUUCAUGAAAUCGUAUUGAUCAAGCUUUCAAGCGACCCAUUUUUUGCGAAACCAAGCAAUACACAAAUCGUCGAACCAGUCGAGCCAGUGCGUUCGGAGCUGGACGAAGAUGGUCGGCUUCCUCAGCAGAUAUUUACGCCGCCCAUGCCAUCUGGCACUCAAGUAAACCCACCAGACGUGCGCGAUUUCACACUCGCAUUCAAGGAUGAUGAUGAUGACCUUGUCCUGAUGACUAGCGACAGCGAUGUGUGCGAUUCUGUCAAAGUAGCGCGCCACCAGGGCCGCGAUCGUGUACUUCUGGUCCUUCAAGGAGGGAAGACGUGGGACGAAGCCGUGGCGCGUGACGGACUGUAUGGCGACUACGCUACAGCGUCGUCGGCCACUGCAGCCAAUCGCAGGCGCCAGCGUGAGCUGGCAGAUGCUCAGGUGCAAAGGGCCGAGAAUGCUUCGGUCAACCAUCGUGCGUCUCCAUCUGGCACACACGAACCGCUCUUUGGAAUUAUUCCUCGUGAUAUGGCACUACCCGCUGCUAUUGGAUUUGCAAGUGUGGCUGGCAUAGCCGCAGCUUGCAUAAUGAAAUUCGGUCGUCUCUGA